CAUUUGUUCUUGUCCAUUUAUUAAAUACAGAGAGGAGGGUUUAUCAAGUCCAACAAACUGGAUCUUGGCCAUCAACAAAACUGAAGUACCUCAAGUACUGAGCAAGCUCUCAAUGGCAGAAUCAUUAGUCGGCAAGACUCUUCUCAAAAGUGAGGCCCUUCAGAAGUACAUCUUUGAUGUCAGUACGAAAGGAAGGGAGCAUGAGCAACUCAAGAAUAUAAGAGAAGCCACAUUUAAAAAAUAUAGCACCAGACUGGUGAUGGCAGUGCCUCCUGAUGAAGGAUUGUUUUUAUCCAUUCUUAUAAAACUAAUGAACGCAAAGAAGACUUUAGAGAUCGGUGUGUUCACCGGUUAUUCUCUUUUAACUACUGCCCUUGCAUUGCCUCGCGAUGGCCAGAUUGUGGCAAUAGAUCCGGAUCGGGAGGCAUACGAGGUUGGUCUGCCAUUCAUUCGCGAGGCUGGUGUGGAGCACAAAAUAAACUUCAUUCAUUCUGAAGCCUUUCCUGCUUUAGCUAAGCUGCAAAAAAAUGGGGAGCAAUUUGAUUUCAUAUUUGUCGAUGCAGACAAGGAUAACUACAAGAAGUACCAUGAUCAAGUGAUUAAAAUGGUGAAGGUUGGAGGUGUUAUCGCCUAUGAUAAUACAUUAUGGCUUGGAACAGUUGCUGGUGAGGAAAAUGGACAUGGCUCUCUUAGCCAGGGGGCUCUUGUUACCCGGGACAAUAUUGUUGAUUUCAACAGCAACCUCGCUUUGGACUCCAGAAUCGAGAUUUCGCAAAUCUCGAUUGGUGAUGGAGUCACCUUGUGCAGGCGCAUCCUCUGAUCAUCCGUGGAUUUGCUAGUCUAAACAUUUUUAUGUCUUUAUUGAUAGGAUUUAUUAAAUGGUAUUAAUGUAGCAAACAAUGAUGUUCGAAUUAUAGAUAGUUCGAAUAUUUUUACUGAAAAAAAUGGUCAUAAGAUUUAUCCGUUUUUA